AAAUGUCAAAACCACAAUUAGACAGCGAUGGUUUUCAAUUAGUUACAUCGAAAAAAUCUGCAAAAAAUAAAUCAUUAGUGCCUCAAGGCGAUCUAAAUUAUGCACCUGAUAUUAAAAUAGACAUUAAAAAAUCAUACAGACACAUUCAAACUGCUGUAGGUGAAUUUGAGGGUUCAGAAUAUUUGGAUAAUAUUAUUAAAGCUGUAAGUAAUGUUAUAAAAGAUAAAAGCAUUAAAGAAUUCAUAUGUUUUGGCCUCGGCCAUAUUGCAGAGAGCCAUAUUUCAAGGUACCAAUUAGCCUUAUUGUUGUGCUUAAAAGAAAUCUUUAAACCGGAAAAAGUUCUAGUCCACGAUCCAGUAUUUUAUUCUGACGAAUGUGCACUUCUAAAAAAGUUCAAUUGUACUCUUAUCGAACAAAAUACAGAAGCCACAUACGUAAUACCUACGCACGGCUUCUCUCUAGUGUACUUACCACAUUGUCCUAAGCAGCUUACUAACAACUUCCUCUGGAGUAACUGGGGACCAAAUUUGUCAAAUUGCAUUCUUCUCGGCAACAGUUUCUCAUGCAUGACAAAUGUUUUAGAUAGAAUAUUAAUUAAAAAUGUGCCAUUCAUACAUAAAAUAUUUCCAUUAACUCAUGAAGUGUAUUUAGCUAACAAUUUUGUGCACAAAGAUAUAUUUAAUAAUAUCUCGUUACAUUACUUUUGUAAUGAACAAUUAAAGUCUGUAACAGCAGAAUUUUGGGAUACUAAAGAAAAGCCAGAGUAUUCAGAUGAUGUUGAGUUUAUAACAAGUAUGAUGGUUGAAAAGUUGAAACUAUGAAUUUCUUUGAAGGUCUGAAAAUGGCAACCAUAAGUGGUAAACCGGCUCUAAUUACUCUGAGGCAAUUGCUCUCUGAAUUGAGGAAGCAGAGUUCUACUAAGAAACUUGCAGAGAACCAAAUGGCGAGAUACAUAUUGACCCAGUACAGGAAACA